CUUCUCAUCUGCUAGGAAAAGGAACGAAGCUAGCCAUGGGCCAUCCACUCGAUCAGCUAUCUCCGGGAGAGCUCAAAGCAGCCAGUAGUCUCUGUCAGGCAUCAAGGCCAUCAAAGCUCGCAUUCAAUACCAUCACUUUGCAUGAACCGCCGAAAGCACUCCUGCUGCAGUACUACAAGGAUGACACGUCCCACGUCCCUCGACAGGCCUUCGUCAUCGCCUAUGAGAGCGGAACGACCAUAUUGCUCGAAUUCUUUGUUGACUUGACCGCAGGCAAGGUCUUGAACAGCACUGAACGAGUUGGUGCUUGCCCCAUCAUCACGCUGGAGGACCUGCAGGGAACAGAGGACAUUGUGCGCCAGGACCCACAUGUAAUUCAGCUUUGCGAGGAAAUUGGCAUCACAGACAUGAGCAAGGUCUACUGCGAUGCUUGGACAAUUGGCUUUGACGAACGGUGGGGAACCACACAUCGUUUGCAGCAAGCUCUCAUGUACUACAGGGCUUCAAAGAAUGACAAUGCCUAUGCCCAUCCACUAGACUUUUGCCCCAUUGUGGACAUGCAAGCUGGCAAAGUCAUCGAGAUUGAUGUCAAAGCAAAGGAAGGCUCAAAGUUUGAACGUGCUCCGGUGCCACUCGAAGAGCAGAACUAUAUGCCGCAAUUCAUCAAGGACUAUCGCACAGAUGUCAAACCUAUCAACAUAACACAGCCUGAAGGCGUGAGCUUCGACCUGCAAGGACAAGAGAUCAGUUGGCUCGGCUGGAAAAUGCACAUUGGCUUCAAUGCACGAGAAGGCAUUGUCCUCAACAAUAUACGCAUUGAGGAUCCAGAGACCAAGGAGGAGCGAUCGCUGUUCCAUCGCCUCUCCAUUGCUGAGAUGGUCGUGCCUUAUGGCUGUCCAACAAAACCGCAUCACAGAAAACAUGCCUUGGACGUUGGCGAAUAUGGCUGUGGUGCCAUGACUAAUUCCCUUUCUCUUGGCUGCGACUGCAAGGGAAGCAUUAGCUACCUCGACGGGUAUUGCAGCAACAGAGCGGGAGAGGCCUUUGUCAUCAAGAAUGCAGUGUGCAUCCACGAGCAAGAUGAUGGUAUACUAUUCAAGCACACAGACUUUAGAGACGGCACGGUCAUUGCGACGAGGGAUCGCAAGCUAGUCAUUUCACAAAUUUUCACGGCUGCCAACUAUGAAUACUGCAUCUACUGGAGCUUCAAGCUUGACGGCACCAUUCAACUUGAGAUGCAGCUCACUGGGCAACUCAACACCUACGUCCUGUCGCCCGACGAAGAGGCCGGCAGAUACGGAACUGAAAUCUCGUCUCGUGUGACGGCACACAAUCAUCAGCACCUGUUCAAUGUUCGUAUAGAUCCUGCCAUUGAUGGACAGCACAACACAGUCGUACAGAGUGAUAUUGUACCUGGCGAGGACGAAGUUGGCUCACCUGGCAACUUUUAUGGCAACGCUUUCUAUGCCAAAAAGACCAAGUACGCGACUGUCAAGGAAGCUGCAGUAGACUAUUGCCACGAAACAAGUCGAACCUGGGAUAUCUGCAACCUCGACAAGGUUAAUGCAAUUUGCAAGAAGCCGGUUGCAUACAAGAUUGUCUCUCGAGAAUCACCACGCCUCCUGGCCAAGGAAGGCAGUCUAGUCUGGAAGCGUGCCUUUUUUGCUCGAAAGACGCUUUAUGUUACACGUUAUGAAGACAAUCAAUUAUACCCAGCUGGCAACUAUGUGCCGCAGACAAGUGGACUACGAGGCGUUGCAGGCAAUGACAGCCUGGAAGACUGGUGCGAGACUCAAGCAGAUCUAUCUCUCGAACAGCAGGACAUUGUCAUUUGGUUGACUUUUGGUCUGAGUCAUAUUCCACGCGUCGAGGACGGUCCCAUCAUGCCCACUGAGCCUGUUUCCUUUCUCUUGAGGGCAAACAACUUCUUCAGCAAGAAUCCAGCGCUGCAUAUUCCGCCAUCCUACGCAACGUACGGCCAAGAUGGCAAAACUGCUUGGCACAUGAGGGACAAGGUAAGCAAGUUGGAAAUCUCAAGGGAUGCAGAGGGCAAGAAAGGAUGUUCAGUGUGCUGAAAUAUCCUGUAGAUAUCUUGAGCGUUCCGGCUCGGGACCUAGCGUGUUCACGCGCAUCCCAUGUUGAAAGGUCACAGAUACGCGCCUGCAUGCGAUACUAUAGCUACGCACACCACACGCGUCGACUUUGAUUGCAAGAUCAUCCAAAGUAUUCGUUAUAUCGUCACAUUUAAAGUAGAUCGUUCUGCAAGAGCU